UGGAUGCCGGCAUCUUGCCGGCGCGCGGCGUGGACCAGGAAAGAACGGGACCGGCCCCCGCGGCUACCGAUCAGAGCCGAGGGUCCUCUGAUGCCGCGGCUACCCGACCGGGACGUGGCCAUUCAUUUCGCGUCUGCGACUGCACAGCGAAGACCUUUGCGAGGAUUCCUUGGGAGUCCGUGGCCGGACCUGACUCGUUGUCUCCCUGCACUUACCCUGGGCUGCUACUGGCCCCCGAGCAGAAGGCGUCCUCCUCCUUCCACCCCGCAGCCCAGGUGACCGCUGCCAUGGCUUUUCACCUUCGGCCGGAUGCCCCAGAGCUACCUGAUUUCUCCAUGCUCAAGAGACUGGCACGAGACCAGCUCAUCUAUCUGCUGGAGCAGCUUCCUGGAAAAAAAGACUUGUUCAUCGAGGCAGAUCUGAUGAGCCCUUUGGAUCGAAUCGCCAGUGUCUCCAUCCUGAAGCAACACGAAGUGGACAAACUGUACAAAGUCGAGAUCAACAAGCCCGUCCUCAGCUCCAGCGAACAGCUGUGCUUCUUGGUCAGACCCCGCAUAAAGAACAUGCGCUACAUUGCCCAUCUUGUCAAUACGGACAAAUUGGCUGGUCGGACUAGAAAAUACAAAGUGAUCUUCAGCCCUCAGAAGUUUUAUGCAUGUGAGAUGGUGCUUGAGGAAGAGGGAAUCUAUGGAGAUGUGAGCUGCGACGAGUGGGCCUUCUCCUUGUUGCCUCUUGAUGUUGAUCUGCUGAGCAUGGAGCUGCCAGAAUUUUUCAGGGACUACUUCCUGGAAGGAGAUCAGCGGUGGAUCAACACGGUGGCACAAGCCUUGCACCUUCUGAGCACUCUCUACGGGUCUUUUCCCAACUGCUAUGGAAUUGGUCGAUGCGCUAAGAUGUCAUAUGAAUUGUGGAGGACCCUGGAAGAGGAGGAGGAGGGUGAAACCAAGAGCCGAAGGCCAGAAAUUGGACAUAUCUUUUUCCUGGACAGAGACAUGGACUUCGUGACGGCGCUUUGCUCCCAAGUGGUUUACGAGGGCCUGGUGGACGACACCUUCCGCAUCAAGUGUGGGAGCGUCGACUUUGGCCCAGAAGUCACGUCCUCUGACAAGAGCCUGAAGGUGCUGCUCAAUGCGGAGGACAAGGUGUUCAGUGAGAUUCGUAAUGAGCACUUCUCCAAUGUCUUUGGCUUCCUGAGCCAGAAGGCCCGGAACCUGCAGGCCCAGUAUGAUCGACGGAGAGGCAUGGACAUCAAGCAGAUGAAGAACUUCGUGUCCCAGGAACUCAAGGGACUGAAACAGGAGCACCGCCUGCUGAGUCUCCAUAUCGGAGCUUGUGAGUCCAUCAUGAAGAAGAAAACCAAGCAGGAUUUCCAGGAGCUGAUCAAGACGGAGCACGGACUGCUGGAGGGGUUCAGCCUCCGGGAGAGCACCAGCUACAUUGAGGAACACAUAGACCGGCAGGUGUCGCCCAUAGAAAGCCUUCGCCUCAUGUGCCUUCUGUCCAUCACUGAAAAUGGUUUGAUCCCCAAGGACUAUCGAUCUCUGAAGACCCAGUAUCUGCAGAGCUAUGGCCCUGAGCACCUGCUAACCUUCUCCAAUCUGCGGCGAGCUGGGCUCCUCACGGAGCAGGCCCCGGGGGACACCCUUACAGCAAUGGAGAGCAAAGUGAGCAAGUUGGUGACGGACAAGGCCGCAGGAAAGAUUACUGAUGCCUUCAGUUCUCUGGCCAAGAGGAGCAAUUUUCGUGCCAUCAGCAAAAAGCUGAAUUUGAUCCCGCGAGUGGAUGGCGAGUACGACCUGAAAGUGCCCCGGGACAUGGCCUAUGUCUUCAGUGGUGCUUAUGUGCCCCUCAGCUGCCGAAUCAUAGAGCAGGUACUAGAGCGGCGAAGCUGGCAGGGCCUUGAUGAAGUAGUACGGCUGCUCAACUGCACGGAGUUCGCCUUCACAGACGUGACCAAGGAAGAUAAGGCUUCCAGCGAGUCCCUGCGUCUCAUCUUGGUGGUCUUCCUGGGUGGCUGCACGUUUUCUGAGCUCUCGGCCCUCCGGUUUCUGGGCCGAGAGAAAGGGUACAGGUUCAUUUUUCUGACGACAGCAGUAACAAACAGUGCUCGCCUUAUGGAGGCUAUGAGUGAAUUGAAAGCCUGAAGUUUUCCCACCCAGUGCUGGUGUCUGCUCUGGAUCCGUUCCCCAGUGGACUGCGGGACCUCUGCACCGGGGGUAACAGAGUGUCCUCCAACUCCCCGGUUAGGAGCUGGAGUCCUGGAACUGACUUGGAACUUAGAGAUCUCUGGGGAGUGCGUUCACUUCCUGCACCCAGAGAGUUCUCUCUCUGUUUGUUUAUGAUGUACAGCUCCUGCUGAUACAACGUGAAAGGGAAACGAGGCAUCCUUUGCUAAUUGCUAUUUGAAUAUCAUUGUAAAUAAAGCUUAUUCUGUAGUCUCUGAUGUAA